ACCAACUGGGAAGGAAGGAGGGGGACCUCAUGCGGCAGCCUGCUGUGAGUGCUGUGAAUGGUGAUUGACAUCAUGAGGGUGAAUGUGGACAAGGUUUUGGAACGAGAUCCAAUGCUGUCAGAGUUGGAUGAUGCACUGCGGGCGGAAUUUGAGACCAAUGCUACCAAGCUGAAAAAAAAGUAUUGGUGGAAGAACUGUAAGAUAUGGGCAGUGUUGAUAGCAUUUGUUCGCAUCAUCAUCAUCAUCACCAUCACUGAAUCUAGAAGCAAUGUAUUGUUGCCAGUGACGACAGCAUUCUAGAUCAAUGUGAAGAGUAUGUUUGGGUAUCUGUCCUCUUCGCUGUCUCCUUCAUGCCUCAAUUUAAAGAUGUCUCUUCUGACACACUACUAAAGGAAUGGGAACCAAAUCUUAAAUUUGUGCCUUCUUGGAAGAAACUCUGAAUACGUCUGCCAUUUGAACAGACUUUGCCUGCCUUGCCUUACUCCAUUAAUGCCUUCUGACUAGUUGUGGAAGAACCUGCCACCCUUGUAAACACUACUUGUCAUUCACUGCUGUUUUAUCAAUAUGCAGUUAAAUUCUAUUAUUGAAGUUCUAAAUAUUGGAGCACUGAACCGUUAGUGCUGCCUUGUGGUAUUUCUGAUUAAACACAUCUCUAUAAGGUGUUUACAUUUUCUUCAAAAGACAGUCUGUCACUUUUUUGUGUCAGUUUAAUCUGAAAGAGUAUCUUUAAAAAUGUUUAGUGUUUGUAAUGUAGACACUUACCAAAGUUGGUUUUGUUUGGGGGUUUUGUCUUUUGCCAAAAAGUAGUUCAGUGAAAACUUUUCUCUGCAAGCCAGCAAGAUGUUUCCAGUGUAGAAUCAGUGCCAAAUGUAGUUUAAAAAUGUAUAUAUAUUUAUAUGUAAUCUGUUUGCAUUACUUCACAAAUUGUCUUCCCUCUAAACUAGUCCUCUGAGUGAAUGUUCCCUUAGGACUUCAGGAAAGGUUGGUAACAAACGCCGUUGCCUCUUCCCUCUUCUCGACAAACUUUUUCGGUAUGGCUGACUGUUCUCCAUGAGGAGGGAAAGAAAUAACUUGGUGCUUCACCCAGAGUCACCACUAUGUGUACCCUCUAGUCUGUCUGUUUCUAAUUUCUUUCCAGUCCUUGUUUCUACUUCCUCUGUAUAGUUUUUCCUUUCUCUUGUCUCUUUUUUCCUCCCUUACUUUGCUCUGUUGGCUUAUAAUUAACUAUCUGAGGCCUUGCCUGUGUCUUUGAGGAUGAAGAGGGAGAGAAAGGCAAGGAUUUCUUUGCCUGCUGAAGUAAUUUCUGUUCUAUCUUCAUCACUGCAGUGACUUCUUUGAAUGUACAAAGUCUCUUAGAAAAAUAACUCGACUGUAUAAA